AAAGCGUGCAAUCAUUCGUCUCCUCACGUUGCGUGGUCGAGUACGUGCUCUUUGAUUUUUUUUCACCUUUCCACUACAAUCAGUCGCUGAUCGGUACACGCGAUACGACGUGGAAAUUGACAAUUUUCCGGAUCCUUUGUACGCCGAUGUGUUUUGGUGCUGGCAUUGCAGUUUGGUUUUCGGUGCAGAAUCGCAGAAAAUUAUCGUCGACGCAAAUUCCUUCCAAAUACCUAUAGGCUAUGGUUUUGAAUGAUUUAAUCACAUCAUGGAUAUCGUUACCGGAUCUUCCUUAUUUCAAUAUAUUCAUCGCAAUCAUCAUUCCAAUAGCAGUUUACUUUUAUUUAAAGCCAAUAAAUAUCGUAAAGGAUUUGAGCGACGUCGGAUACGAUCACAUUUUCAAACGGGAACAAAUAAAAUGUACUAGGAAAACAAAAAUCAACGUAACUCAGGAGUCUAGGAAGAAAAGAAUUAUUGGUAAUUUACCACCAGUGUAUCCCAACGGAUGGUUUGCUAUUUUGGAUUCAGAUGAUGUGGCUGUGGGAGAAGUUAAGCAUGUUGAAGCAUUAGGAGAACAUUUUGCUGUAUUUCGAGGCGAAGAUGGUCAAAUCAAUGUGUUGAAUGCGAUGUGCCCUCAUUUAGGAGCUAAUAUAGCUAUCGGAGGAGUAGUCAAAGGGAAUUGUAUACAGUGUCCUUUUCACGGAUGGAUUUUCAGUGGAUUGACUGGUCAAUGUGUGGAAAUACCGUAUUCGGAUAAUAUUCCAGCUGAUGGUGCGAUCAAGCGAUGGCAUUCGUGCGAAGUAAAUACUCUGAUUUUCGUUUGGUAUCAUGCAGAAAAUCAAUCCCCAUCGUGGCAUCUUCAGCCUAUUCCUAAUAUUCACGAGAAGAAGUGGUGGUAUAGGGGACGCACUGAAUAUUACGUUAAUUCCCAUAUUCAGGAAAUUCCUGAAAAUGGCGCAGAUGUGACUCACCUAUCAGUAUUACACGGUCCAGUAGUAUUUGCCGGUAGCAACCUGUUCAAUAUGAGCAAAUGGUGGGCUAAUUUAGCCAGACAUAAUUGGCAAGCGUCUUGGAUAUCCAAAACUGCGCCGGAAGAGCAACAUAUUGGAUCAAUGGAGUUGUACACCGAUACAGUGUUUUUCGAUAAAUUUAAAGCUUUCAGAAUGAACGUCAAGUCUGAUCAGAUUGGUCCAGGGUACGUGGUGCUGAACGUAGAAACUUUCAUUGGUCCUAUGAUUAUAUUGCAAACUGUAACUCCAGUCGAACCUCUUGUGCAAAAAGUCGUUCAUAAAAUGUUCUAUCCCUUUGUUACCUCGUUAUAUGGAACGUUGACUUUUUUUACUGAGAGUAUUCUGUUCGAACGUGAUGUAGUGAUCUGGAAUCAUAAGAAAUACCUGGACAAACCAUUACUAACGAAAGAAGAAAACUCGAUAGUGAAACAUCGUCGUUGGUACAAUCAAUUUUAUUCAGAAAACAGUCCGCGUGUAGACAAAAAUACGUUAACAUGGUAACAAUAAAUUAUUCCAUAUCGA